AUGCUCAAGUUUGUGGCAUUGGCACUGCCAACAUACACAAUGUCUUGCUUCAAGCUACCUAAAAAAUUGUGCAAGGAGAUUAACUCCACAAUGGCCAACUAUUGGUGGGGUAAGGAGAAUGGGAAGAACAAGAUACACUGGAAAGCUUGGAACAAGAUGUCGCGGGACAAGCAGGCAGGUGGCUUAGGCUUCAAGGAUUUGGAGGCUUUCAAUCUAGCCUUAUUGGGAGAGCAGAUUUGGAGGCAGCUCACUCAACCAAAUUUGCUGGUCAACAGAGUGCUAAAGUCCAGAUAUCACCCAAAGCAAUCUAUAUUCAAGUGUAAAGUUGCUGGGAAUGCUUCAUCGAUUUGGAAAGGACUGAUGCGACCUAGGCUGAUGGUUGAAGAAGGAACUCGAAAAAGGAUUGGCAAUGGCCUGAGUACUAACAUUUGGGAGGACAGCUGGAUUCCUAUGACACCAAAUGGAAGAGUGACAACACAGCAGCCACAAGGAGUUAAUUUGGUUAAGGUGGCAAACUUGAUCGUCCAGAAAGGAUGGAACAAGAACCUUCUCUUUAGGAAUUUCACCCCCAUGGAGGUAGAAGGAAUACUAAGCAUCCCCAUUAGCUUAGUAGACAAAGAGGACAGCAACUUCUGGAUUCACAAUUCAAAUGGGCAUUAUUCAGUGCGAUCAGCCUACAGGGUCCAAACUGAAGGGCUGAAGGCUUACGAGUAG